AUGAAGCUAAUAUUAUGUACUAUAAUAACUAUAAGCUUACUCUAUCAAGCUGCGGAUGCCAAGAAGUACUCCGUAUAUCGUCUACAACCUCAAAAUGAAGAUGAACUCCAAUUUCUUCAGUCAGUAAGAAUGAGAGACUCAAAGGUUGACUUUUGGAAAGCUCCAACUGAGUUAGGCAAAGAGGUUCAUAUAAUGAUAGAUGAUGAUGUAACAGGAAAAACCUUGUUGGACAAGCUCGAUGAGAAGAAUAUCACUCGCUCUGUUAUGAUUGACAACGUUCAAGAGGUCAUCGAGAAGCAGGAAAAGAAACAUAACGAUAUCAAGAACCAAUUCCGAUUGAGAGAUUGGAGAGAAGGCAGAGUUCAAUUCAACUUGGCUCAAUAUCACUCCUUUGCUGAUGUUAUUAACUAUAUGAAUGCUUUGGCUAUUACAUACCCAGAGAGAGUGUCUGUCCAACCAAUUGGAACCACUCAUGAAGGACGUCAGAUUCCUCUCAUUAAGAUCACCAACAAGCGCAUACCAGGGGAAAAGAAAGUUAUUUGGGUUGAUGGAGGAAUACACGCUAGAGAAUGGGUUUCACCAGCCACAGUGCUAUACUUCAUUCAUCAGUUAGUCACGCAGUACGAUAAUGAUGCUCAGAUUAGACAGUUCGUUGAUCAACUUGAAUGGAACAUCGUCCCACUCUUGAAUCCUGACGGUUAUGAGUACUCUAGAAGCAGUUCUGAUCCAGAAAUCAGAUUGUGGAGAAAGAAUCGUUCACCAGCUAAAUGCACAACUCAGACAACUGGUUUAUUUGCCAGACCACAAACCUCAUGCUGCCAAGGUGUUGACUUGAAUCGUAACUUCGAUUGGUUCUUCGGACAAGUUGGUUCCUCAACGGACCCUUGUUCUGAAAUUUAUCAAGGUGCUUACGCUUUCUCUGAACCUGAAACAGCAGCUGUUCGUGAUUUCGUUCAACGACAUCCCGUCACGACUUUCCUUACAUUCCAUUCUUAUUCACAGAUUUUGAUGUACCCAUUCGGUCAUCAAGUAAGAACAUACUCUAAUGAUCUGAACGAUUUGCGUUCAACUGCUCUUUCAGCUUCUCAAGCUCUUCGUAGAUUAUAUGGAACAAAUUAUAAAGUAGGAACGGGAGCUGAUACUUUAUAUCCCGCUUCUGGAGGUUCCGAAGAUUGGGCUAAAGGAAAAGGACACGCAAAAUACUCAUUCCUCUUCGAAUUGAGACCUGAAGAACAAGUAUGGGAUGGAUUUUUACUUCCGGAAAAUCAGAUCAUGCCAACAGCCCGUGAAACAUGGGAAGCCGUUAAGGUGAUAGCGGCCCAGACACUGGCUCAAAAAACGUUUAUAUCACGAUCACCAGCUAAACGUACACAACAGCAGUGUGUGGAUAAGGAUACAUUAUGCUCAAGCUGGGCACAAGGUGGAGCUUGUGAUAGCUGGCCAGAUAUGAAGAGCAGAUGUCCACGAUCAUGUGGAGUGUGCUAG